AUGAAGACACUACGGUCAGCUCUCCUUUUUGUUUUGUUUAUCUACUGUUUUUCAGGUGCAAAUUCUAGCCCAGUGUGCAACCAGACUUAUGCCCUUCAAAAUAUUACCGAGGAAGUGACUCCAGUUGAUAAACUUCUGAUCGACGUCGCCAACUUCUGCCCUAAAGCUAAUGGAGAAACUUACACAAUCAGUGGCGUCGACGUGCUAGCUGAGUUUGAGAUGCAAGGUUCACAACUCCAUUUAAAAAAACCAGAUGCAGAGGCUAAAUUGAGCAGCGAUCCAUCAGAGUUUGCUAACCCUUGGACAGUAGUUGUGAAUGUUACCGAUGUGGAGGGAAACUUCACCUUCCUAACUGUCUUAGUGCGUCUAAUAUCCAUCAACGACAAUAAAGCAACUUUUACAAACCUGUCGAUAACUAAUGUUACUGAAAACACUUCCCCGGGUAAAAAAAUUGGAGGAUGUACGCUGUCAGAUGCUGAUUACCCGGACAAUAAGUUUAAUAAUUCAUAUGUUGAGAUAGUAACCGGCAAUGAGGAUGGUGUAUUUGCCGUCGAUGAACAAACAUGUGACAUCAUUGUGGUUAAACCGCUGAGCUACGCGAACAAACCUUCAUAUAUCUUGACAUUCAGAGCCUUUAACUUCCCAGGGGACACAACUGGAACAACCGGAACAAAAACCGUCUACGUGUUGCCAGUCAGCGUGUAUCCUCCGAGAUGCAGCCCAUCCAGCAUUGUUGUUGCUGUCAUGGAGAAUACGACAGUAAAAACUGUCUUAGGACAGCUGAACUGUACAACUUUUGACGGCAACAAAAACCUGGAUUACUUUCGGGACUCACCAAGUUCAAUUCCUUAUUUGGACGUGAAGCAGGAUACGGGAGAGGUAUUUUUGGAUUCUCCAUUACAGUACGAUAAUACUGGAGCAAACAAUCUAAAACAGAUCAUUGUUAAAGUAGUUCCGAAGGGAACUCAAGGCCCAGAUACAAAAGUGACCUUUUUCACACACAUAGUGGGUGAGGACAACCAUGCGCCGCAGUUCACGUUGAAUUUAUUCAAGAACACGAUUUCAGCAAAUGAAACAGUUGGCACACCAGUUCUAGGUCUGUCAGCAACGGAUGCAGACGCACCUUACACAUACAACUCUAAGAUAACGUACGGUCUUAACGGCGGGUGCUCGCCUGAUUCACUGGUAAUAGACAGCAAUACAGGUAUCCUGUACCUGAAUGCAACACUAGAUACAUCGCGAUCAUCAACGAUCAACUGUACAGUUUACGCCUUCAGUUCAGACAACGUUGCAAAAAAAUCCUUUGCCGAUGUCAACAUAGCAGUGAUAGCUGUGAACAAGCCUCCACACUUCCUACUUAGCGUUUACGCAGGAAAUGUUACAGAAAACUCAAAUGUUCCCACAUUUGUUCUGAAUGUGAACGCUACGGAUCCUGAAAACGGAACGUUGAUAUUUUCCUUUCCUGCUGGACAAAUGGGUACCUACUGGCCCUUUAAAAUAGAACCUCUAAGCGGAGAGGUGUCGGUAGCGAACAUAGUUGACUUUGAGGCACACAAAUACUUCUUCGGACCUGUAGUAGUCUCAGACCAAGGGACACCACCAUUGGAUGCCACUGCUCAGAUAUCAAUUGAAGUGGUCCCUAAGAACGAGUACCCACCAGAAGUCCCCAGCGCUUACAGUGUCAGCAUUAACAAACUUAGCAAGCCAGGAACCCUAGUGGUGAAAGUAGCAGCCACUGAGAAAGAUGAUGGAUACGAUGGGCAAAUCGAGUUCAUCCUUGAAGAUCUCAAUGUGCCCUUUGUGCUCGAUCCAGUGACCGGGAAUCUGACUGUAGGCAUUGGUCUCGACCAAACGACUAAUACGUUCUUUAACCUGACGGUGAAAGCUGUGGACAAAUCAAAGACCAAAGUCCUUAGUUCGAAAACCUUUGUCUAUGUAACCUGUGAUAAACCCAUAGGAAAUAAUAACGACCCGAUUUGUAAUCCUCAAGGACCCUACCUAGUAACGCCAACUGCACCUCCUGUAGGAGACCCAAUAGGGUAUCUUAGUUGCUAUGAUGCUGAAUCUGGUACCAACCUAAAAUAUGAAAUCAUUAAGGGCAACACUAACAUGUUCACCGUUGUUACUUUCAAUGGAACCAUUCGGUUAGCAGGUACACCCAUAGCAGGGUCACAUACGAUUGAUAUCAGCGUCAGUGAUCAAGGCAGCCCUCCUAGAGUCGCAAUUGUCUCUGUUCAGAUCAAUAUUAUGACCAAUCUCAAGUUUACCAAUCUUCCCACCACCUUGCCUGUCUACGAGAACUCAACUUCCACCGCUUUACUCUUUACAGUCAAGGCUGAAGGGUCUUUCGACCUCAUUACUUAUGCAAUUACGGGUGGUAAUACGGAGGGUAAAUUUUAUUUAGGUCAAAGCACUGGUGAUUUGAAACUUAUCCGAUCUGUGGACAGAGAGAUGACUGACUCAUACACUCUUCAAAUAACGGCCACAGCAACCGACGGACAAUCAGUCAAACAGAACUUAGGAAUCGGUAUACUUGACAUAAAUGAUAACGCUCCACGGUACUACAGCUCGUUCGCUUCUCGCAAAAUAUCUGAAAAAAUGGCGUUUCCAUCAACGAUUGCACAAUACACUGCCUAUGAUCUGGACAUUCUACAAAACGCCGAGAUAGAUUACAGUAUCCUAUCUGGGGACCCUAAUAAUGUGUUCAGGUACACGUCUACUGGGGCGUUACAGCUAGUAAAACAGCUUGACUACGAGACACAGUCAUUUUAUCCGCUCUUGCUCUGCGGUACCGACAGAGGAGACCCAAAAUUGAGUGGUACGGUCCUCUUGAAUGUGUAUGUAAUUGAUGAAGAUGACAACAAUUUUAAAAUUGUGUCAUCUGGUGGUACAAUCCAAUUAUCAGUGCCAGAAGAUGCAACACUUGGUGCACCCAUUAUCAGAAUUCAGCUGCAGAAUAAUGACAGCAGCUCAAAUUUGACCUUUGCAAUAGUAAACGGCAACAGCAAAAAUAAUUUCACAAUUGAUGAGAGAACAGGCGAAGUGUACUUAAUCUUUGCCCUGGACAGGGAAACGGCCGAUUUCUUGACUCUUACAAUACGUGUCAAUGGCAUCAGUGGGAAAACAGACACCACCAUACUUAAUAUAACUAUAACUGACGUCAACGAUAACAAACCCGUAUAUAACCCAGAUAACUACCUGUUUCUGGUGCCAUAUGGCACCAGUGCUGGAACUGCUAUAGGCACGCUAUCAGUGACAGAUUCAGACGCCGGCGUCAACAAAGACAUUACCUUGUCCAUCACGUCUGCAAAUACCAAUAACGCGUUUAGAUUAAGUGGCACCACGUUAAUUGCUGCAUCAUUGCUGAACUCUAAUUUAAACAGUCAAUACGACCUGCAAAUUAUGGCCUCAGAUCAUGGCAUGCCAAUUCAAAACUCAACAGCUUAUGUCACUGUAUCAGUUGGCCCAAAAUAUGAAGAACCUUACUAUGCAGUCAGAACAAAAAGUAUCUCUAUAGAAGAAACUCGCACUGUAGGCAGUUUAAUAGAUGAUGCCGAUGCAACAUUUUUAGGAGCAAAAGAACCAUCUUCCCCAAAUCCAGGCGAUUUGUUGUACAUUUUGAGUAGCGGGGACAGCAAAACAUUUUUUGUAGAACAGGAUAUUGGAGAAACGCAGCUUGCCAGUGCCCUCAACUUUUCUUUAACUAAAUCAUACCAGCUAAUAAUCACAGCUUUUAACAAGUACAACCGUUCUAAAAGUGAUAACUAUACACUGUAUAUAGCGGUCAUACAAAUGAAUAGAUUCAGUCCUGUUUUAUCCAAGGAUAUGUAUUUGUGGGAUGUCAGGGAAACCGCUGCAAAAAACACCAUUGUUGGCCAGGUUUCUGCCACAGAUAACGAUUCUGGAAAUUUUGGAACAGUGAAAUUUUCUAUCGAAGCAAACAGCAAUUUCGAUAUUAACUCAUCGACAGGUGUAGUGACCUUGAUAGGCUCACUGGAGUACUCAGUAGCCAAAAUGUAUUGCCUUUCGGUAAAGGCUGUAGACAAUGCAGGAAUCAACAGCAUGACGGCUAUAGGUGCGAUUUGUAUUUAUGUUUUAGACGACAAUAAUCACAACCCAGUGGUUAUCAACGCACCUUUCAUUGUUACUGUCCCCGAAACGUUGUCUGUUGGAAGUGUGUUCCUAACAAUAGCAGCCGAAGAUCUGGACUCGGGUGUGUUCGGAACCGUCUCGUUCACAAUUAUCUCGGGCAAUUCUGAGGGGAAAUUUGCUUUAAACUCGAAAACUGGAGCAGUAACGCUUGUUGCUAGCCUUGACUUUGAGACCACUUCUUUAUAUGUCCUCACCGUUCGAGCACAAGAUGGAGGCUCUCCGGCACUGGAAAAUAUCACCACUUACACGGUCCAUGUGUCUGACCAGAACGAUAAUCGGCCAGAUUUCGGACAAGCAAGGACAGAAAUUACAAUUGCAAGCGAUACUCCCCUCCUAACCCCAAUAAGUAAAGUAUCGGCCUCAGAUAAGGAUAGUGGAGCUAAUGGCGAAGUCAGUUAUAUCAUCGAGAGUGGCGACGACGAUCACUUAUUUAGUAUCGAUACUGUAAGUGGUGUUAUCUCAGUAGCGGCGUCUCUAGCCUCAGCACGAAGUUUCCACACUUUGACAGUGGCAGCUGUAGAUCACGGGGUGCCAUCUUUGAAAGGGACUAUCACUGUAGCCAUUGUGAUACGACCAGUUCAGCAGAGCCCCGGCUUGGCGAAUUAUGUCUUCAGCAUCAGAGAGAACGAGGCUGCUGGAACACUGGUGGGAACAAUACCCAGGGAUACUUCAUUAAUCAACAUUACCAGUUAUACUAUAAGUGGAGGCAACAUUGGCAGCGUUUUCGGUAUAUCCAAAGAUGGGGUUCUACGAACUACGAGUCCAUUGGACAGAGAAACCUACGCAUUUUACCGUCUCGUCAUCUCCAUCUCAGCUGAUGUAGGCAGCAAGGUUAUUACAGCAAAUAUCAUAGUGACCGACGACAACGACAAUGGUCCAGUCUUCAACAUCUCUGUGCUGUACGUACAGGUAGUAGAAAACCUGCCAGCGGGUUAUGCCAUAGCUACACUAAUUGCCACAGACGCUGAUGCGGACGGCGUGAACAAUCAGGUGGAUAUGUUUAUAUCGCCGUACAAUCCACCUGUCAGCACCUACUUCAUUCUGGAACCCCCAGGAACCAUCAAACUGAAGGCGCCUAUCAACUAUGAGGACAUCACGUCGUUUGUCAUCUCUGUUGUUGCUGCAGACAGAGGCUCACCGCAGAUGGUUUCAAGAGCUACAGUCUAUGUUCAGGUCAUCAAUGUUACUGAAAAGGAGAUAUAUAAUAAUUUUCAGACAACUUAUUUCAAAUACUGUGAUUUUCCCGACGAUGCUGUUUAUGGGGAUGUUGUGUGUGCUCUGACAUCUGCCGAUUUUGGACUAACACUAGCGCCAGGAGAUAGGAUCAUUUACACGACAGUUGGAGACAACAGCGUUUUCGAAGCCAACCCUAGUACCGGAUAUGUUCUAGUCAAGAGAGAUUGGUUCAUUUCCAAGUCGACACGUUAUUUUCAAUCAAUCAUUGCCACGGUGACGUCUGGAGGAAAUGCAACAUCCUAUACCAUCUUGGUCCGACUGGAUACUUUCAACAGAAACGAGCAUCUGGUCUCUGUCAAAGUCAACACAUAUUUAUCAGACUUAAAUUCCCAGAGAGACAGUUUGGAAGCCAACCUGCAAGGACAGUUCCCAUCCCCACAGGACGUUGUUAUCUGGCAAACAAGGUCAACAGAUCCAGAUCUCGGCAGGAGACGACUGUUAGCCCCAGGCUCCGAGGCCUUAGUUGUAGUAGAGGCUGACAAAACUGUUAACAGCAUGGCAAACAUCACUAGAACCAAGACAUUUCUCUCAAGUAAAGAGGCUGCAAAGGCCUUACAACAAUCUAGCGAUGGAACCCCAGUUUCAACUGUAGCCAGUGGCCCGCCCUCAGUGGCGUCAGUACAGCCAUACUAUACAGACGAUGAUGACGGACUGGAUCCAGCUUAUAUCGCCCUUAUUGUCGUUGGCAGCUUGGUGGCUCUGGCAAUCAUUGCAGGGAUCAUUGCAUUAAUCAUCUACUGCUGCUGUUACCGUCGAAAGAAGGGAUCUGAGAAAAAGAGACUCGUGGAGAAGAAAAAAAAGUCAAAGAAAGCAUUUGGAAACUUGGAUAAAUCAA